UGGACGGCGCUGUUCUACGCGGUCCGGGGCGGGCGGCUGGACCUCGUGGACGCGCUCCUCGACGCGGGCGCGUCCGUGGACCGCGCGGACCUCGACGGGUGGACCGCGCUGCAGAUCGCCGCCGAGGCCGGCAGGCUCGGCUGCCUCCGGCGCCUGCUGCAGGCCGGCGCGGCGCCGGACCGCGAGGACAUGGACGCGCUGACGCCGCUCAUGUACGCGGCCAUGGGCGGCCACACGGCCGUCUGCGACGCGCUCCUC